CAGCAAGCAGUCCCCUCCCUGCCUAGACUGUCCGCCUGGAAUCCCUUCACAUAUCCUCGCGCGUUUAUCCGCGGAACUACAUCCCUGCUCGUGUGCCUCCUUCCCAACGCCUGCGCUCGUCCCCGCCCUCCACCCACCGCUCGGUUUCUCGCUCUGGCCGUACUCCGCCGUGCCGCAUCCGUGUUGCGAGUGCGAUCGCGCCGAGGCCCACCCAUGGCCAUGGACGGCGCUGCCUCGCGUCAUGCCACGCGCUGUGCUGCUGCCACGCCCGUCGUACGGAUGCUUCUCGCCCUACUCCUCGCGGCAGCGGCGGCAACAGCGCGCGCGCACGAAGGCCACGACGACUCGGAGUCGCCGCCAUGCGCGGCGACGGACAGCCUGGUGACGGUGGAGGCGCCGUACGUGCCGGGCACCAUCACGGUGGACGGCAGCGCGGCGGACUGGGCGGGCGUGGCGGGGCAGGAGCUGCGCCUGCAGCCCGCCAUCAACCCCAACUCCGCCGCGCCCUACCCCUUCGGCGCCGGCUCCAUGCUGCUCAAGGCGGCGCAUGACGGCAGGGACGUGUUCUUCCUGCUCAAGAUCCCCGGCCCCUACGUCUACAACCAGCAGAACCACCAUCUGUCCAUAUCGGGGUCGCUCAUGUUCGGCAUUGGGGAUGACGCCACCUUCUACAAUAUGGGCGGGUGUCCGAACCUGGCGGGCGUGUGCACGGCGGAGAACUGCCGCGGGCACGAGGUGGACGUGGUGCACUUCGAGGUGGACACGGCCAUCCCCGGCCGCACGUACGGCCACAACCUCAUGGACCAGAUGGACGGCACCGGCGCCGACAGGGUGGGCAACCUGUACGACGGUUACGGGUGGAACCCUCACUGCCGCCAGUUCGAUGGGCUCGCCACUGCAGGCCUGUCGUCAAACGGCACGGCCAUGAACGACUGGCACGGCGUGUGGACGCACAGCACGGUCAACAUGGACUACGGUCUGACAGCGGCAGACGCCCCGUUUGCCACAGCGGGUGACGACGGGUACUUCGUGUUCGAGCUCACACGCCCACUGCGCACCGCCGACCACUUCCAACAGGAUGUGCAGCUGAGUGUGGGCGGCACGCACCGCAUGGGGGCCGCCGUGUGGUACCCGCUGGACGGCACACCAUGGCACGGCUCGCAGCACUUCCUGGCGUCCUGCGACUGGCUGCACCUGCACCUGCUGCCUGCGCCCGCACCCGCGGCGGGGUGGCAGGCGGCGCAGGCGGAGCAGGGCGGGGUGAGCAGCACGGCGGCGGCGGCGCUGAGCGGGCUGUCGCUGCUGCUGGCGCUGGCGGCAGUGUUUGUGUCCAUCGUGGUGGGGUGGUGGGUGCGCGCCAACGCGCGCCAGUUCCAACCCAUGGACGGCCUCUGACACCCACCUCGACGCAUCCCACCGACCCGUGCCUGCCUGCGCUGGGGUGGGCUGGAGCUGAGAAAAGGGAGGUGGUAGAGGGGAGUGAUGGGCGUGUGGAACAGAGCAUAGACGCAGUCGUGGGUGUUGUACCGUGAAACAAAAGCAGUGGCAGCAACUGCCGCUCCCUCCCCUCCAUUGUGCUGUCAUGGUGUUGCCUAUCAAAAUGGAGAAGUGAAUGAUGACUAGUGAGAGAGAACAGAAAGAUAUACCUAAGAAUUGUACCCUCUAAGAGGUGACCCUAUACAG